AUGGACAAGCCGGACCAGAAGCAAAAGUUGGCCAAACGCCAGGCGGCCUCCGACGCGUACGGCCUCCGGUUCAACGGCCACGCCGCCGCCUCCGUCGUCAUGAUGGUGGGCCCCAACUACAGGGUGGGCAAGAAAAUCGGCAGCGGCAACUUCGGCGAGCUGCGCUUGGGCAAGAACCUCUACAACAACGAGCACGUCGCCAUCAAAAUGGAGCCGAUGAAAUCCAAGGCGCCUCAGCUGCACCUCGAGUACCGCUUCUACAAGUUGUUGGGCAGCCGCGAGGGCGUACCGGACGUGUACUACUUCGGCCCCUGCGGCAAAUACAACGCCUUGGUGAUGGAAUUGUUGGGGCCCAGUUUGGAGGAUUUGUUCGAUAUGGAUAUCAAACCGGAGAACUUCCUCAUCGGUCGAUCGGGCUUGAAGAAGGACAAAAUUAUACAUAUAAUAGAUUUCGGUUUGGCUAAAGAAUACAUCGAAUUGGAAACCAACAAGCACAUACCGUACAGAGAACACAAAUCUCUAACAGGCACCGCCAGGUACAUGUCGAUUAACACCCAUUUGGGCAAAGAGCAAUCCCGUAGGGACGAUUUAGAGGCGCUCGGCCACAUGCUCAUGUACUUCCUACGAGGCUCCCUACCCUGGCAAGGCCUCAAAGCCGACACUUUGAAAGAAAGAUACCAGAAGAUAGCCGACACGAAACGCUCCACUCCGAUCUACCUGCUCUGCGAAGGCCACCCCGAAGAACUGGUCUCUUACCUCGUCUACGUGCGACAGCUCGACUUCUUCGAAACGCCCGACUACGAGUACCUGCGCGAGCUGUUCGUCUCGCUGUUCAAGAAAAAAGGCUAUUCGGACGACGGCGAGUUCGAUUGGUCGGGGAAGAUGGGUUCCGCUGCAGCGGCUCCGGCGAGUUCGAGCGGACUGGAUCGGGUGUUGGGCAAGCAGGCGGGCGGCGCCUCGAACGGGGAGCUGGUGCAACGGGAGGAUCCGACGGCGGGGCGCAGCGAAGCGCCCAUCGCGCAGCAAUUAGACGGAGACGGGGUGGACGAGACGAAGUGCUGCGGGUUCUUCAAGCGGAAGAAGAAGAAGGGCAGGACGUCGAAAUGA